AACCAGCGGGAGCGGACAACCACUGUGAGCAGUCAGCAAAGCACCCCCCCAACUGCCGUGCCGUCCGGUACGAUACCCACCGCCAAACCCCCGACUAAACCCACGCCGCCCCCGCCCCCGCCCUCCUGCUCGAAUUUCAGGCUGGCGGCCUACAGCCCCAAGCGAGCAACGGCGGAGCUCCGCCACUCGAGCUCCACAGGCAGCCGCCCCGUUUCCUCCCCCGUCUCCCCUUCCCCGUUGUCAUCCUCCGACUUCCACGCUUCCACCGACGACGACACCUAUGACAAUGGCCGCGAUCGCUAUUCUCGUGACCGCUCCUUCCGCUCUUAUUUCCAGCCCUUUCUCCCACAUUCUAUGUUCCCCAGCGACGAUCUAAACAGGGCACACACUCAUAGAUCUAAGAUCUCAAUGCUCAUACUCGUCGCUGUAGUCGUUGCUGUCGUCAUUUCUUUUACUUCUGUGCUCUGGCAAUUGAAUUCUCCAUACUUGUGCAGAAAGGAAGGUAUAACACUUCACUGCCCUCAUGUAAAAGAGCCUCCCUCACUAUGGGAAAAUCCUUAUUCAGCUACUACAUCUUGGAAACCUUGUGCUGAGCGGCCUGAAGGCAUAUCAUCAGAUCUUCCUGCUGAAAAUGAAACAAAUGGCUAUGUAUUCAUACACGCUGAGGGGGGUCUUAACCAGCAAAGAAUUGCUAUAUGCAAUGCUGUUGCCGUGGCAAAGAUCAUGAAUGCGACUCUUAUUUUACCUGUGCUGAAGCAAGACCAGAUAUGGAAAGAUCAAACGAAAUUCAAAGACAUAUUUGAUGUUGAUCAUUUUAUCGACUACUUGAAAUAUGAUGUGCGAAUUGUGCGAGAUAUCCCAGAUUGGUUUACAGACAAAACAGAGUUAUUCACUAGUAUAAGACGUACUGUCAAAAACAUUCCAAAGUAUGCUCCUGCGCAGUUCUACAUUGACAAUGUCUUGCCCCGUAUCAAGGAAAAGAAAAUAAUGUCCUUGAAGCCAUUUGUUGAUAGGCUGGGGUAUGAUAAUGUCCCUCCAGAAAUCAACAGGCUAAGGUGUAGAGUGAACUAUCAUGCCUUGAAGUUUCUUCCUGAAAUUGAACAUAUGGCAGAUUUACUCUUAUCUAGGAUGAGAAACCGAACGGGUAGUCCAAAUCCUUUCAUGGCUCUUCAUCUAAGGUUUGAAAAAGGCAUGGUGGGUCUUUCUUUCUGUGAUUUUGUUGGAACUAGGAUGGAGAAAGCAUUGAUGGCUAUGUACAGACUCAAAGAGUGGCCCCGACGUUUCAAGGACGGUUCCCAUCUUUGGGCCCUCGCUCUUCAGAAGCGGAAGGAAGGACGCUGCCCGCUCGAGCCUGGUGAAGUAGCAGUGAUGCUCCGGGCAAUGGGAUAUCCCAAAGAAACACAGAUAUAUGUUGCGUCCGGGCAGGUCUACGGCGGACAGAACCGCAUGGCACCACUCAGGAACAUGUUCCCCAAUCUUGUGACAAAGGAGGAAUUAGCCACCAAGUCUGAAUUGGAUGUAUUCAAAAAGCAUGUGACAAGCUUAGCAGCCCUCGACUUCCUGGUCUGCUUAAGGUCUGAUGUCUUUGUUAUGACGCAUGGGGGGAACUUUGCAAAACUGAUAAUUGGAAAUCGUCGCUACUUGGGACACCGGCAAAAGUCCAUAAAGCCCGACAAGGGUCUGAUGUCGAAGUCUUUGGGGGAUCCCUACAUGGGUUGGGCCACAUUUGUGGAAGACGUGAUUGUGACCCACCAAACCCGAACUGGAUUGCCAGAAGAAACAUUCCCAAACUAUGACAUAUGGGAGAACCCCUUGACACCAUGCAUGUGUAGGGCUUGAUAAUAGGAAGUUAGUGAGCAUUGGGUUGGGUUGGAUUCGAUUGGAUUCGGGAGCAAUAUUUAUGGAAAUUGGAGUUUCCCAGGUGAAGGAUGAAAUCUUUGGAAUUGAAUUAAAGUGUGCUUGCCCGACUGACCGAGGAGGGGAGGGGAUGAGAAGUGUGUGCAAGUAAAUUCACUCUUGUUGUGUUGGCAAGGAUUGUGUUUGUGUGUCUGUGUUCCAUGGACCAAAAACAAAAACUUGAAUUAGAAUAUGCCAUGCUCAGCCGGUCCAUACUAUACUAUGCUGCUUUGAAUAGAAUUGAUAGACGGCUGGGGCAGUAGUGCAGUGCAGUGUAGCGUAGUCUGUAGUAAAGUAAGUCAGUCAGUCCGAAGCUACAUGGUUGCAUGUAUGCAUAUGAAAUGCACAUGGCCUUGAUGGAUUCGUGUUCUUAUGCAAGUGCAAGUGCAAGUGCAACUGUGUGUUGCACUUCAAUUCAACAUAACAUUGGUGUGCCUGUGCCUGUGCCUGUGCCUGUGUCUGUUCUGGGAAGAAAAAGGGUGGCGAGGCCACUAU